UACUGGCUGCCCGCUAACAUCACCUGGUCAGAUUUACAAAGCACAGAGGAUCAUGUUUAUCCACAAGCUGAAGAACUCUGCAUCGCAAUACCUGCAGCAAUCGGAAUGUUCAUCUCUAGGUUUUUAUUCGAAACGUAUGUUUGCAAACCCUGUGCAUCUUGGUUUGAACUAGAUGACUGCAAAAACAGGGCUCCCUCAAAUGUGAUACUAGAAAAAGUUUACAUGGACUUCACAAAGAAUCCCACAAAUAAGCACCUAAUGUCUUUGACAAGGCAGCUGCAAUGGAGCAAAAGGAGAAUAGAUGAAUGGUUCGCCCUUAGAAGGCAACAGGAUAAACCCAGCACGGCAAAGAAGUUUUCUGAGAGCAUGUGGAAGUUUGUCUUCCAUGUUUACCUGGCUUUCCUUGGCACAUGUGUAAUAAUUAGGAACCCUUGGGUGUUCGAUACCAGACAGUAUUGGGAAAACUGGCCAUUUCAGAAUCUAUUGCCUGAUAUCCGCUAUCACAUGGUGGUUGAAUUAUCCUUUUACUUGUGCCUUGUCUUCAUGCAGUUUUUUGACACAAAACGAAAGGACUUCCUAGUUAUGUUUGUUCAUCAUCUAAUCUCCAUUUCAGUAUUUGUAUAUUGCUAUAUUACCAAUAUGACACGAAUCGCAAGUAUUUGCGUGUACCUUCAUGAUAUAGCAGACGUGUUUUUGGAGGCUGCGAAGAUGGCCAACUACUGCAAACAGCAGAGACUCUGCAAUGCUCUGUUCGGGGUGUUUGCUGUAGUCUUCAUGGCUACACGCUUAGGUUUUCUACCCCUUGUGUUUGGCAGGUCUAUCUACUAUGAGAGCUGGGAAGUGAUAGGACCGUUCCCCAGCUGGUAUUUCAUCAAUACCAUUGUCAUCUUGCUAUUGAUUCUGCAUAUCUACUGGUCCUGUCUCAUCAUUGCUAUGAUGAUUAAAGCUUGGCACAAGGGCAAGGUCUCCAAAGAUGAUCGCAGUGAUGUGGAAAGCUCAGAGGGAGAGACUGAACAAGUCAAGCAGAGCCACUGAGAGCCUUUUACAUGACUCUUGUAUCAUUCUAAAUUCCAAGCCAUUCCAUAAAAUAUAUAUAUUUUUUAAA